AGAAAGUGGAGCUUAUAUUGAAUGAUCGCGUAGUAACAUAAUAGUACAAGGAUCCACGCAACAUGGGCUUAGUACUUGGGCAAACCGAAAAAUGACAAGCUUUUUACAAAGCUUGAAUUAUAUGCUACUGCGGCGUGUUAACGGGGUAGUCUGUGUUUGUACAAUGUGCACGAUUUCCGCAAGCUGAAAGAAUACAUGUGCACUAAGUGUGUGGCGAAAGAUUGUAGAUUACUAUUUAGGCACAAGUUAGGAGUGAGUGAUCGUGUUAAUUGUGUUUUUUUUUUCUUAAUACGAGUUUACAAGUAACUUCAGGGAAUUUGAUAUUGAAAAGUGCAUCUUAUUGGGUGAUUUUUUAUGAAAUGUGUGUAGUUGCAUUUACAAAAUAAAAUAGAAAAGGAUGUGUGUAUUCACCAAAGUGUAAAUAUUAAUUUUCCGAGCUUGUGGAUUUAUUUAUUCGUGGAUGGAUUAUCAGUUGAUGUGGGCUUAAUUGCACACCACAAUUUAAGGCAACAUUUGGACAUAUAUUUACAAGAAGCGAGUCUGGCCAGAAUAUUCGACUAGUAAAUGGGUCCAUGCCUAUCCAGGGGCGUCUCGAGGUUUUCUACAACAACACAUGGGGAACUGUAUGUGAUGACGGCUUCACUAGUUUAGAAGCAAAAGUUGUGUGUCGCAUGCUGCGAUUCACCGGAAACCUGUUCGCAGCCGCAGCCUUAAAUAGUGCCGCUUAUGGACAGGGUACUGGCCCUAUAUGGCUGGAUGACGUGGCUUGCAACGGUACCGAGUCGUAUUUGUCCAACUGCCGGACAAGAAACUGGGGCGAGCACAACUGUGGUCAUAACGAAGAUGUCGGAGUAGAUUGUCGAAGAACCUGUUGACGUUUGAAGUCCAGCAUUUGGCCGCUUAUGGACAGGGCACCGGUCCUAUAUGGCUGAAUAACGUGGAGGGUAAUGGUAACGAGUCGAAUUUGUUCAACUGCCAGGCCAAUAACAGGGGCAUGCACGACUGUCGUCAUAGCGAAGAUGUCGGAGUGGAUUGUAACUUUAGUCCAUCUGUUUCGAUAAUUGGCAAUCGGCCGGUGAAUGAAAACAGCAGCAUAACUCUUGGUUGCCAACUGUCAACAUGCUCCACUUCCUCGUGUUACUACAGAUGGUCUGCAUCGGAAGCGAUAUCCGGAUACACAGAUAAACAAAACAUAACGUUAACAAAUAUAACACGGGACUGGAAUGCGGCGACAUUGUAUUGCCAUGUCACCGCCGUCAAUGGGUUAUCCUACACUAUUAGAUCAACCACAAUGAACGUACAGUAUGGUCCAUCGUCAGCUAACAUAUCAGUCAGUAGCCCAUGGACAUUGACUGAGAACACAUCACCCCCUACUGCCAUCACUUGUUCAAGCCCCGUCUGCAACCCCAGCUGCAAUGUCAAAUGGUUCAACGGUUCAACCCAAAUACUUAGCACAACGCUUUUUAGCACAGCAGUCCGUCGAUACUUCGCAGGAUUUUACACGUGUAAUGUUUCUAAUGCAGUUGGAUUUUGGACUGUACAGCUGAAUCUUAUCGUCAACUACGGACCGUCGGAAAUGUCCAUUACUCCCUCCGAAGAAAAUCAGACCUUAGUGGAAGGCGCCAGUGCUCAGAACAUAAUAUGCAGCGUAUGGGACUACUUUCCGUCUUGCCGCGUGCAAUGGACGCUGAAUAAUAUUGUCAGUCAGGAAAAAAGCGUAAGAGGUGGAAGAAUUGAUCUGUUACUGUUCAAUAGAUCUGUUACUAGAAACGACACAAACAUAUACAGGUGUACGGCCAAGAACUUGGAAAGCUUCAUUGAGAUAAAAAGGGAGAAAACCCUGAACUUGACCGUGCUUUAUGGUCCCGAUGCCGUGGAAAUAACGCCAACAGAUGCAACCAUUCGUGUCGUUGAAGGCCAAAGUAUAAGUGUGAUAUGCACAAUUAGGAACUGUUUUAAGGAUUGCAUUAUGCAAUGGACGCGUUCAUCCAGCAUCUUUGUACCAUCUCAAAGCGUAACGUCACUUCCGCUUUUUAGCUCUAUGUACAAAAUUGAUCGCCAAAUGUCUGGUACAUACGUUUGUAUUGGCACAAACAGAAACAGUUUCAAAAUAGUAAACAACAGCAUGGCUCUUGACGUGCAGUAUGGCCCAUCGUCAGCCACCAUAUCUGUCAGUAGCCCAUUGGCAGUGACUGAGAACACAUCGCCUCCCACCGCCAUCAUUUGUUCUAACCCCGUAUGUAACCCAAGCUGCACUGUACAAUGGUUCAACGGUUCAACUCAAAUUCUUACCACAACGCUUUUUAGCACACCGGUCAGUCGAUACUACGCAGGAUCGUACACUUGUAACGUUUCCAAUGCAGUGGGAUUUAGGACUAAACAGCUGGAUCUUAUCGUUCAUUAUGGACCUGAUACUGUGGACAUUGCGCCUACACAAUCAACCAUUCAAGUCGUAGAAGGCUACAGUAUACAUUUGGUAUGCACAAUACGGAGCUGUUUUAAGGACUGCAAUUUGAAAUGGACACAUUCAUCCGGCUUAACUUCACCAUCUCAAAAUGUAACGUCACUUUCGCUUUUUGAAUCCACGCAUACAGUCAAUCGUCAAGAGGCUGGUAUAUUUGUAUGUACGGGCACAAAUAUGCACACUUUAAAAACUGCAAACGACACUAUGACACUUGACGUACUUUACGCACCUGAUGUGACGCUACAUUGGGACGAAGGCGAAAAGAAGUUCACAUGUACAGCCGAAGGAAAUCCCGACAAUAAUACUUUCCACGCCCUUGAAUUCCGCAUAUUAGGCUCUCCGAUCAGAAACAUCAGUUUUCAGUCGGGAACAGGCAGGUCACGUUAUGCAGUGCUUAAGGAACGUAGUUACCAAGACAAAGGAACUUACACGUGUACAGUAGAAAAUGGAAUUCUCAAAAAUGGCGCAAUAAAACAUAGUUACACGUUGGAAGUGGUGAUAAAAGACGUCCCAAUUUUGUUGGAACACAUUAGAACGUAUAACGUAUCAAAAGGCGACCCACUGAACGUCACCAUUCCUGUCUACGCCUUCCCAGCCGUCCCGAGAACCGGCAUUGUCAUCAAGAUGGGAGAUCGUAUAAUGAGUGCCUCAGACAAUAUAACUGUUAACUUAGAGAACGGUACCGGCUUGGUGUUUUUUCACAACCUGCAAAUAACAAGCGAGAUACAAACGCUGUCAGUGGUAAUCAAUGCGACGCAAGAAGAGAUCUUCGGGCAUUGUAUUGUGACCUUCACAAAUGCCGUUGGUACAACAACAGCACAUUUCGCUCUUUUCCCACAAGGACCACCCGACUCACCGGCGCGUUUCGAGCAACAAUCGACAACGUACAAUAGCGUUACGUUUUCCGUCGAAUCCGGCUUUUUCAAUGGCGGGGAUCAAACACUCGUCCUGCAGUACCGGCGAGUGAACAGCAACUCUUUAUGGGCGAACGGCUCGGUAGCUAACGCUGGCAAGAAGAAGCAUGUCGUUGUGGCGAUGACGGUAACUGACCUUUCGCAAGUUACCGACUACGAGUUCAGAGUCUAUGCCUUCAACGUGUAUGGUCAUAGCGAGUACUCGGCUUUGGUCCAAAUCGCAACAUUUCUACAUGUUGGAAUGGUCGUUGGUAGUGUAACAGGCGGCACUGCAGGCGUCGUUCUGAUCUUGGUGAUUAUGUGCGCUGUGUACUUGAAAAAGAAGCGCGAUAAGAAGCCACCACAAACUGUUACGUUUACAAACAUUCUAGAAGAGCCGAAAUGGCAAGGACAUGCAGAGGGAAAUGUAUAUACGGAGUGUUCAUCCGAAAACAUCUACAUGAAUACCAAUGCAACUGAAAUACAAGCGUCUAUUGACAGUAAUCGAUGUUUCAAAGCCAAAGCCAAUUCAAACGACGAAGCUGACUACAUGAAUGUGGCUAAGCAAUUGGGUAAACCAAAUGAUGACGAUAUGAGUGAGGAUGACCACGUGUAUGAUUUAGCACAAAUGUCUAUCAAAACAGCGUUGGAACAAGGGAGUAUCAACAUAAAUGUACCGAAAAAGUCUUCAAAUACCCCUUCUGCAGCGUGGUAUGCGAAAAGCGUACCUAUAGACAAGGAAGAAGAUGUUGAUUCCACAAUGGACGCACACAGAAAACCAGCUGAUCAGAUUUAUGAUAACAUCCGACUAACGCCGGGUCAAACUAAACUAAAGAAGACGAAGAAUAUUGACGAAUUUGAAUAUGAUUACGUGACAUUGCAGUAGAUUCACGGAAAAGCACCCCUAAUUACCAAGCCACCGAACCAUCCUCAAAAAGUUCUGAUGAAGUGGACUACGAGAACACCUUUUGAAAGAGGAUGAAUAAAUCAACUUAAAAAAAAACGCUUGAGCAAUUUAAUACGUGUAGGUGUAAAACAUGUAUUCAGUGACCUGCAUCGAUCUUAAACCGUGCAUCAAUUUUACUUUGCCCUUUGACCGAUGAUUUUCAUGUUCAUACAUUCUAUAAAAAAACACAGCGAUUAAUACGAUUCCUAACGAUCAUGUGAUCGGUGUGUGUUUUUACUUCGAAACACGAGCUGUCAAAUGACAUAACUUGUCAUUAAUUAAUUGAUUUUGAUUUGUUUGAGCGUUGUAUAUCUAGUGUAAAUAAAUACCCUUUUGUAGAACUUUGCACUUCCAUUUCAUCGAGUCAUACAUGAAUUAGAUCUAGAAGUUAAAUUUUAAUUUAUAUUGACGUUUGUGAUAUAACAUAUGCAUUUCGUGUAACAUUAUAAUGCCAUGUUAAAUUUUCUUGGGCAUUGACAUUCAAAUAUUGUUGAACUAUUUGCGAACGUAUUACAUUUUACGAAAUUCAUCAUUCCAAACCCGUAGUGACAUAACCAUCUUCUUAACAAUAUGGGAACUUAAUACUGUAGAGUCAAUAAGUGCACUCAACAUCUUUUAAAACUUGUUACUUUUUUGUCCUCAAAUUUGAAUCGCCAAAAAUACACGAUAUUUUUUCAGAUAUUUGUCACAUCUUCAUAUCCAUUUGCGAAAAUAUGUUUUAAUAAGAUUUGAAAGAAUCACUUAUCCGUAACGUGUUACUCACUUUUACAUUACCAGUCCAAGCAUAAGCGGCGCCAGAAUUUGACUUUAAUUUACUCAGAUUAAAAUUUGGGCCACAUCUAAGAAAGAUAAACAUUCUGCCCAAGUGUUUGACUAAGUAAUACAUGAAGCUUCUAAUGCAAUUGUUAUCAAAGAAUUGACCUUGCGAUAUAUUUUUACCCCAUAUAUUAAGAUUCAAAAUCCUCCUAGUAUUGUCAUUUUAUUUUUAAGAUUGGAUUUCGAUUAAUCGUUGAGCAAGGUUAGUCAUUAAUUUUACUUGUAAAUUGGUCACAUUUUUUAUAGUGUUGACCUCAUCGAAAUAGAUUUGAACUUGCCCUAUAUAUUUUCACGAUAAACAUUCUGGUCAAUUUUCAUCAAUAUCUUGUUUCUUUUAUUGAUAACGAUGUAAAAUGAAAAUUGAGGAUUACAAGAUUGUUCUAAUUUUUGACCUUGUGACUUUGUAUAUGACCCCCACUUGACAAAAUUUGAACUAGGAUAUGAUUGAUUCAACUAAAUAAGCUGCGAAGAUUGUUGUAGUAUAGAAUUUCCAAUUCGGUUCGUAAAGGAGAACAAUGAGAGAUAACUAUAUAAGCUUCUGUAUUAUAAUUUAGGUCUCUAUGUAUUGAUCGUGAACUUUUUAGCUCAUGUGUUAAUAAUUCAUUUAUUGAUUUUGUGUGUUUCUAACUUUUGAAUUCAAGCGUUAACUUAAAUACAGAAAUGGAACUAGCCUAACGUUUAGUAUUUUUCAAUUAAAAUUAACUCAACAGGUUGGGUAUUGAUUUUUCUUUUUGAUAAAAUGUAUUGUUAUUUGCCUUGGCUUUGCUUUUUAUUAAUUUUAUGUGUUCCUUUAGAAAAAUAAAAGAAAUAGUACAGUUGGUGAAUGCAUAUUAUUGUAUUAUUGCUACUUGUAAAUGAAUGUUUUUAAGUAAUACUCAAGACUAUAACACUGAUUAAUUGUGAGAGAAAAUGACGUUUAUGUACAUAUUUUGAGCAUAUAUCGAGCGUAGUUUAAGAUAACAGAGAAUAUAUGUAUUUAUGUGUGAAACCAACAAGUAAUCUGGUCAAGUAAUUUAUGUACAUGUUUAUACUUAUUAAACGUCUUUACUGCUUUAAAAUAAAUAGUAUUAUAAGGCUUUUUUGUUUAUUAAACAGGAAAUUGUAUAAUAUUAGACCGUAUUUCAGUAUUCCCCGUUUUAUGUUAAUCCUUUUUAUUGUUGAAUUGUUGAUAAGCGAUAUCCAUGAAUGCUAUAUAAUAUGUUUACGUAUGUAAUUAUAGUAUACACACGUUAACUUCAAGUCGGAUGAAAAGCAUAAAAUUUAAAAAAAUGACAGCGUCGAAUAAUAAAUGACAUGUUACACAACAUUUUAUUGGAUGUUUAACGUUAGAAUAUGUUAAUGAUUGUUUAAUGUAAGAGCUUAAGAAUGUUAAUACAUCAGGUAGUGUUUUGUCCGCACUUCAUUUUGUUAUGUGUGUAUCGUUGUAUAAUAUACUGUAUUUUCAUAUGCACGCUACUGAUUUUCUUCAAUACGUAUCUUUUUAAAUUUGAUAAUAAAUACU